UCCGCUGGUCUGGAGCUCAGAGAAGAUGGCGGCUGUUGUCGUGAGCGCUGACGGAGGAGUGUCUCCGGCGGAUUCGGGCUCGGUGUCUCCGCGUCUGCCCUCGCCGUCGCCGGUACCGGAGCAGCAGCAGCAGAACAACCCGCUGCUCGGGCUGCCGAUCGUCGCCAUCGACACCAUCCUCAACUUCCUGACCUAUGACGAGAUCAGCCUGCUGAGACUGGUGUGUAAGCGCAUGGACAUGAUCUGUCAGCGAAUGCUCAAUCAAGGCUUCCUGAAGGUGGAGCGUUACCACAGUCUGUGCCAGAAACAGGUCAAAGCGCAGCUGCCUAGGAGGGAGUCGGAGCGCAGGAAUCACUCGCUGGCGCGUCACGCAGAUAUUUUAGCGGCGGUGGAGACACGUCUGUCGCUGCUCAACAUGACCUUCAUGAAAUAUGUGGACUCAAACCUCUGCUGCUUCAUUCCUGGAAAGGUGAUCGAUGAGAUUUACCGUGUUUUGCGGUACGUCAACUCCACGCGUGCUCCUCAGAGAGCCCAUGAGGUGCUGCAGGAGCUGCGGGACAUCUCCUCCAUGGCCAUGGAGUAUUUCGAUGAGAAGAUCGUCCCCAUCCUGAAGAAGAGGCUUCCAGGCGCCGAUCUCUCCGGACGCCUCAUUGGAUCUGCUCCAGUGGCCGGUCCGUCCACCUCUCUGACCACCAUGUCUCUGCUGGCCAAGAACACGCCCUCACGCUCGGAGAUGACGAAGCUGCAGCAGCAGGUGAAGGUGAACGGCGCCUCCAUGACGGCUCUGCGGCGCGAGAUGCAGGAGGUGCGACUGAAGCAGCUGGAGCAGCAGAAGCAGCUGCAGGACCAGGAGCAGAAGCUGCAGGAGCAGUCGCAGGUCAUCGGGGAGCAGAACGCACGGCUGGCCGAGCUGGAGCACAAACUGCGGGAUCUGAUGGACAGAGCGGUGGGCGCCGGAGAUCCAGACGCAGCUGCAGCCUCCAGCCAGAGUUUGUGUGUGAAGCGCCGCAGCUGCUCCGAGCUCCCGCGACACUCCAAACGCCUGCGCAGCAAGAAGUAGACGCAGACGGACCCGGAGGUGUUCUUACUUCUGAAAGUUUCGUUCACUGCACACAAACAAACGCUUCUCUUAGUUUAGAGUUUCCGUCUUGUUUCCUGUCUGAUUAUCUGAUGUUGGAAAUGAAGAAGCAUUUUCCAGACAAGACAACAAUAUUGUGUUGCUGGGUCAAAAAUUACGCAGGUUUUUCUGUAAACGCUCAAAAUAAUCAGCAAAAUAAUGUUGUCAGAUUAUUUUAGCUUGUUUUAAUGAAAAACUCUCUUCAUUUUGACUCAAUAUUCCUGAAAACAACACUAAAUGUUGUGCCUGUCUAGAAAAUGCUUCUUGAUUUAAGAGUUUUUAGAUAUUUGGACCAGAAACAAGACAAUAACUGAGUAAGAAAAGCGUUUUUUUGCAGUGUUUUGCUUCCUUAAAGAGGGAUAGUUCACGCAGAAAUGACUGUUCUGUUAUUAUUUAUUCACCCUUGACUCUUUUAUAAAUCUUUAUUAGUUUCUUUCUUCAAAAUAUCUCCUUUUGUGUUCAACAGAGGAAAGAAAUGCAAAGGUAUGGACACAAAUAGUGAGUAAAUUAGCAUCUUUUGGUGAAAUACAACAUCAGAACACAACAUUAGUAUUAUUUACUCGCUCUUUACUUGUGAUGAGUUUCCUUCAUCUAUUGAACACAUGGUGGAAAAGCGGUAACCAUUGGCUUCUAUAAUGUUUUUUCUACUGUGGACAUUAAUGGUUCCAGGUUUCAUAGUAUUUUUUUUCUACUAUGGAUGUCAGUGGAAUAUAUAUAUAUAUAUUUAUCGAUCAAAUACACAGAAUAUCUAUUUAUAUUCAAAAUAGAUAUUUAGAAAAAUGUUGGAAAACCUGUAGCCAUUGACUUCCAUUGACUUCCACAGAAAAGCAUACUGUGGAUGUCAGUUGUUACCGGUUUUUAACAUACUUAAGAUGUCUUUUGCGCUCAAGAGACAAAACUGGUCAUUUUUGAGUGAGAUGCUAACGGUCUAAUCCGAUUCAAUAAUUUAUGCUAAGCUAAGCUAAUAGUGCUCCAGUCAGACUCAGAGAUUGACUGAAUAGAUUCAGAAAUGGUAAAACUCUACAGUUUAACUAUUAAAUCAGAAUAUUUCUCAUUAAACAUGAAUGAAGAUUUGUAAGGGUGAAUAAUUAAUGAGAGAAUGAUCAUUUUGAAUUGAACGAUCACUGUAAAUCUAUAUCAUUUGUUUUUACGUUAUGAUGACGCGAGUGUCACAUGGAGAUGUGAAACUGAGAGCGAGAGAAGGGAAUCUGCUCAUAUCCCACACACUAAACACACACUGCAGGAAAACAUGCUUUUAUUAAUUUGAGUUCUUGUCUCAUUUAUAGUGCAAAUAUCUACAAAACUCUUAAAUCAAGAAGCGUUUUCUGGACAAGCAAAAAAUAUAGUCUUAUUUUCAGCAGUAAUGAGUCCAAAUGAAGUGAGUUUCUCAUUAAAACAAGCUAAAUAAUCUGACAAUGGAGGAAGCAGAAUAAUUAAAUUCAAUAUUUUACUCUCCUCACUGGUGGGUUUUUAAACUUUAACUUUAACUCACUUAAUUUUCAUGUAUUAUUUCUGGAAACAUAUUUUGACUUGUCUACAAAAUGCUUCUAGAUUUAAGAAUUAAGUGAUGUUUUUCAUUAAAAUAAGCAAGAUAAUCAAGUUUUCACUUUAAAAUAACAUUAUUUCUCUUACCACAUUGGCAAAACACUCAAUCUUCACUUAUUUCUAAAUAUAAAAGUAUGUUUGGCUUGUCUUUAAAAUACUUGUUGAUUUAGGAGUUUUUCUUUAAAACUCAUCUAGUUUUUGCUUUAGCAUUAUUUCUUAUCAAAUUGGCAGAUUAUUAAACUGCUUUAAAGAAAAACUCACUUCAUUAUCACUUAAUAUUUCCAAAACUAAACAACAUUUCUGACUUGUCUAUAAAAUGCUUCUAGACUUAAGAAUUUUUACAGAAUUAAGUGAGUUUUUCCUUUAAAAAAUCUAAAUAAUCUGACAAUAUAGGGUCAGUAAAACAAUCUUUUCACUUUAAAAUAACAUUAUUUUACCACAUUGACAGAAUAUUUACCCAGAUUUCAAGAAAACUCAUUUAACUUUCACUUAUUUCUGAAAACAAAACUUAUUUCUGACUUGUCUAUAAAAUGUUUCUAGAUUUAUGAAUUAAAUGAGUUUUUUUCCUUAAAAUAACCAAUGCCAUGAGGAAAAAUAAUCAUAUUUUCAUUUUAAAAUACCAUUAUUUUUCUUACCCUAAAGGCAAAAAAUCUAUUAAUUUUACGUAUUAUUUCUAAAAGCUAAAUUAUUUUUGACUUCUCUAUAAAAUGCUUCUAGAUUUAAGAAUUUUUGAUGAAUAAAGUGAGUUUUUCCUUAAAUUAAAAGAUCAAGUUUUUGCUUUAAAAUAGCACCACAUAUGGCAGAUUAUUAAAUCUGUUUUAUUGAAAAACUCACUUGAUUAUCACUUAAUAUUUCCAAAAACAAAACAACAUUUUGGACUUGUCUAUAAAAUGCUUCUAGAUUGAAGAAUUUUUACAGAAUUAAGUGAGUUUUACCUUACAACAAGCACAAUAAUCUGAAUAGGGUCAUUUCGUACCACAUUUGGCAGAUUUUUAAACUAGUUUUAAUGAAAAACUCAAUUAUCAAACAUUAUUUCUGAAAUAAGCUAAAUAUUUGUCUAUAAAAUGCAUCUUGAUUUAAGAACGUGUAGAUCUUUGCACUAGAAACAAGACAAAGACUCUCAAUAAUACCAGCAUUGUGUUUUGCGGUCACGACUUCUUCUGUUUCUGAAGGUUUGAGCAGCGUUUGUCUUUAAUGUUUAGCCGACCUUCAACCCAACCAGCUCUCGAUCGACCCAACGGAAACUCAAUCGACCGCGAGGAAGGAACGGCGUAAACCCGAAGGCGACGUUUUACCCGUAAUCAGUUUCCAAACAAAGACUGGGAUCCGCUUCUGGAGCCGUUCCGUGCCCGACUACUAACUGAUGUUGUUCUAUAUAAAUGGUGAAUAUCAAAUAUCCGUAUGUUAAGAGUCCAAUCCUUCAUCUGAGACGUGCCUGGACGGCGUUGCAGACGUGUAGCAUUCAUUCAUUUACUCUUCUUCAUUAUUCUAUGGUUUGUCCAUCGCUGAGGAUCGUGUCUUGUAGAUGUCGGUUCCAUGUUGUACCUGCCGCUGUAUGAAGGUGUAUAAUUUACUGCAAAUAGAUCUGUGUCAGUGCAAUAAACAUGUGGAAAGCCUUGUUACUAA